CUCCUUCUUCUUCAACAUAAACAAUGAACGAUAAUAAUAUUCUUCCUCGGCUCUGCAAAUGCCGAUCCCCAAAAGAACACUGUUUUCCUCUGUCAAAAUCAUCAACUACCAUGUGAAAAACUCAUAAGUUCACAGUUCCUUCAACAACACCUUAAAAGGAAAAAAGAAAAAGAAAAGAACUCAGCACUCAACAUACCAAUAUUUCUUUCUUUCCGCAGCUUUCAGCACUCUCGAGGAAAACAUAUUCUUUCAUGCUUGUCUCCAACUCCUCUCUGACACACACACACCUACCAUUAUUUCUUUAUUAAUUUCUUUUUUGUCAUUUCUUUACUUUUCUUACCAUUCCGUAAGAGGCAGAAUAUAUCAGCAAACGUCUCAAUUCUUGCAGCAGCUGCUCCACUAUUAAUAUGCCAGUGAACAAUGCAACCACUGUUUCAGAGUACUGGGCUCAGCAGUGCUUUGUUAGAUCCUGUUCCUUUCUCUUUGAAUAGUAUAAUAUACUAACCAAAGUGUUUUUCAAUCCAUAGAGUUCCAAGUACAGAACAAAACAAAAAGAAACGCAAAAUAGCUAGCCAGAAAUCCUUCUUCUGAUGGGAAAGAAUAAUGGAAAUUCUUGGCUGAAUGCUGUGAAAAAGGCUUUCAGAUCUCCUGCCUACCAUGAGGAAAAGACAAGUAGCAGACGAAGAGAAGAAAAUGAUCAAGAAGAAGAAGAAAAAAAGAGAGGAAAGAGGAGAUGGAUAUUUCGUAAACAUUUCCCUCUUGAAACAACAAUACAGCAUAGCGUAGCUAAAACUGCAAAUUCUCCUGCUGUUGCAAUUCCUACAAUUUCAGCGGAAGAAGACAAUCUGGUGGCAAAACAGCCAAAAGUUGAUGAGAACUCCGUGUCUGAACAAAAGCGUGCAAUGGCAGUAGCUAUGGCGACAACAGCUGCGGCUGAGGCUGCCGUUGCAACUGCACAUGCUGCAGUGGAGUUUAUUCGGCUCACCAGACCUUCCCUUUUAGUCAAAGAACACAAGGCUGCUGUCGUUAUCCAGACUAUCUUCAGAGGCUACCUGGCAAGAAGAGCUCUCUUGGCAUUGAAAGGCGUCGUAAAACUGCAAGCACUAAUAAGGGGCCACAAUGUCCGGAGACGAGCAAAGAUGACUCUCCAGUGUAUUCAAUCUCUAGUCCGAGUUCAAGCUCAAGUAUGCGAUCAACGUAGGAGGCUGUCGUGUGAAGCAACGAGCCCAGGAUCCAUGUUUAGGCAGGCUAACGUUAGCAGAAAGUCCACUUCUAGAAACAUGAGCAGCACACUUGAAGAGAUCGAAUCUCUAAUAGAGAAAGCCAAAGAAUGCUCACUCAAACAUGGCAAAACACUAGCUCAUGUUUUGUCUCAGCAGAUGUGGACAUCGGAUGAGGACCAAAUUUCAGACAACAAUUGUCAAGGGCUUGAAGAAGAACAUAGAGGUUCAGGCAGGAAAGUAAUCUAUCCAUGGUUUAGAAAAGAUGGGAACUUGUGCAAUCAAAGAAUUCCUGUGAAGACAGUUGAAAUUGACAUUUCUAGACCUUACUCAUUCACAUCACCUAACUCAUAUAAAUUGCGAGAUCACCAUCAAAAUGAUCAUGAACAAUGCCUUGACUCCUAUGUUGUCCGGUCUCCCCUCCAUGGAAAACACCAAAAUCUCUGUGUCCACUCACCAAAAACUCCAUCCUCUUCCAAGAUAAAGCCCGUCCAAGUGCAUUCUCGCAGCCCGUCUUAUCAAAUGGAGGAACGAAACUACCAAACAGCCGAGACGCCAACUCCACACUCAAUUUACUUCCACAGAAUGAGCAUAAGUGAAAAUUCUUGCCCUUUGCCUCGACCAAACUAUAUGGCUGCCACUGCAUCAGCGAUAGCCCGAGUCAGGUCACAUAGCAGCCCAAGGCAGAGGACCUUUUCAAGCCCAAGUAGAGAGCAAACAGGUUCAGCAAAGAAACGUCUGUCUUUCCCUGUCGCUGAUGGUCAUAACGGAGAUAAUAAACUGAACAUACAACAUGUGACACAAGAAGGUACUCCGGAAAAGCUGAUUCCAAGUGAAUUACCGCGUGGGCCGGAAGUGACUACUGUGGCAACGCACUCAAGGCGAUAAUGUGGCUAAUUUCAGUAACAUCUGCGAUCAAAGUUAAUGUUGUAUCAGGUAGAGUGUACAUAGUUUCAUUGUGAUUAAGGUCACUCUUGUUGAAUAUGCUCAGAAGAGCUGAUAAGUACUAAGAAGUAAUCUGUAGCUUUGAUAAUCUACAACAGUUAAGUUCUGCUUAUUACUACUAUUGCUUAAAAGUCACAAAAACA